UCUACUGCCAAGAUGGCGACCCACAGGAGCUACGCUCUAUGGAGCUACUGCGGUCGUAGGUGGUCGCGGGUGAUGCGGUGCUGCCGGCUCCCCGGGUUUCGUAGCUCCUGGCCUAGGGGCCCGCUGGGUGUGCGGCACUUGUCCCAAGAGAAGCAGGCAACGGAAACACAUUUCGGAUUUGAGACUGUGUCGGAGGAGGAGAAGGGGGACAAAGUCUAUCAUGUGUUUGAAAGUGUGGCCAAGAAGUAUGACGUGAUGAAUGAUAUGAUGAGUCUUGGUAUCCAUCGUAUUUGGAAGGAUAUGCUGGUCUGGAAGAUGCACCCAUUUCCUGGGACCCAGCUGCUCGAUGUUGCUGGAGGCACAGGUGACAUUGCAUUCCGGUUCCUUAAUUAUGUCCAGGCACAGCACAAGGGGAAGCUGAAGCGGCAGUUACGGGCCCAGCAAAAUUUAUCCUGGGAAGAAAUUGCUAGAAAGUACCAAAAUGAAGAGGACCCUUUGGGUGGUUCCCGGGUAGUGGUCUGUGACAUCAACAAGGAGAUGCUAAAGAUUGGAAAACAGAAAGCCGGUGCGCAAGGACACAAAGCUGGACUUGCUUGGGUAUUGGGAGAUGCUGAAGAACUGCCCUUUGAUGAUGACAAGUUUGAUGUUUACACUAUCGCCUUUGGGAUCCGGAAUGUCACACACAUUGAUCAGGCACUCCAGGAAGCCCAUCGAGUCCUGAAACCAGGAGGACGGUUUCUCUGUCUGGAGUUUAGUCAAGUGAACAAUCCCCUCGUAUCCAGGCUUUAUGAUCUAUAUAGCUUCCAGGUCAUUCCUGUCCUGGGAGAGGUCAUUGCAGGAGAUUGGAAGUCCUACCAAUAUCUUGUAGAAAGUAUUCGACAGUUCCCAUCUCAGGAGGAGUUCAAAGAGAUGAUACAAGAUGCAGGUUUUGAAAAAGUGACUUAUGAAAGUCUCACAUCAGGCAUCGUGGCUAUUCAUUCUGGCUUCAAACUGUAACUCCUUUACCAUUCUGGAGUGUGAACAGUCACAUCCUGUCAAAAGCCUGGAAAUGGAGGAUAAUCUGGCUAGUGAGACUGGCAGCAGAACAUCCCCUCUUAAGGACGUGUGCCUUGGACUCAUGUUCUGACGUGACCAGUCCCAAAGUGGAAGAAACAGAUUCGACUGCACCUUUCACUAGAAGCUGCUUUAGGACUUCUCCCAGAGGUAUUUGCUCUGUAUUUUUUUGCUCAGCUCCUAAUUCUUAUUGACUGCGUGGUGCAUGGUUAAGGUAAAACCAGCACUACUUCUCCUUUUUGAAGUGUUUUUGUAGCUUCUCUGCUGGUGCUGCCUUCCACAGGGAUGAUGACUCAUUUGAACCCAAUGAUGAUUUGAACCAAAACGUGUCCUAGCUGUACCAGAGUCAGCCUCUCAGCCUAGGACUAAGUCUGGGGCCAAAAACGAAGGCCCAAGUCGGAGUGCUAACAAUCACAAUUAGAAUUACAAACUGAACCACUGAAUGAGUUUACAAUUUGUGUGGUAUUUGUUAUUUCUUCUUGGGACAGGGGGAGUGUGAGGGAAAUACAUUUUUGUCAUCACUCAGUCCUCUUCUACCGAAAACUACUAUUGGAUCCUCAGCACCUGUCACGAAGAAAACAAACCUUUGGUGAAAGAAUAAAUAAAUGUUCCAGGAAA